AUGGUUCGACUGACCAUGGAUCUAAUUGCAAAAAACAGCAAUUGGAAGCCCCGAAAAGAAGAAACCAUUUCACAGUACCUCAGGAAAAUAACUCAUAUAAAUUUUUCAGAUAGGAAUAUAGAUACAAUUGAAGAUCUCUCUCUUUGCAAAAAUCUUAGUGUUUUGUAUUUAUAUGAUAACCGUAUUAGUCAAAUCAGUAAUUUGAACUGUGCGACAAAUCUGACUCACCUGUACCUACAAAACAAUUGUAUUUCAUGUAUAGAGAACCUCAGAUCAUUAAAGAAACUGGAAAAACUGUAUUUGGGUGGUAAUUACAUUGCUGUCAUAGAAGGUUUAGAAGGAUUAGAAGAACUAAGAGAGGUUCACGUUGAGAGUCAGAGACUUCCCCUUGGAGAAAAGCUCCUGUUUGAUCCAAGAACUCUUCAUUCUCUGUCAAAAUCCCUCUCUAUAUUAAACAUCAGCAAUAACAAUAUUGAUGAAGUAAGAGACUUAGAAGUGCUAGAGAACCUUAACCAGCUCAUAGCAGUUGACAACCAACUUCUGCAUGUGAAGGAUUUGGAAUUUUUGUUGAGCAAAUUGAUGAAGCUGUGGAAAAUGGAUCUAAGUGGAAAUCCUGUUUGUCUCAAACCAAAAUACAGAGACAGACUGAUUUUGGUGUCCAAAUCACUGGAAUAUCUUGAUGGAAAAGAAAUUAAAAAAAUGGAAAGACAAUUCCUAAUGAAUUGGAAAGCAUCCAAAGACGCCAAGAAAAUGAGCAAGAAAAGGAACAUUCAAAAUGAGGAUGCAAGCAACUUAUACCUAAAUAACUUUGAAACAAUGCAUCACAUAGUUCCUGUUUACUACCCACAGGUGGGUAAGCCAAAAUUAGUUUUUUUCUCUGAAAUACAAAGAUUUCUUCCAAAUGGAAAUGCUUCUCCAGAAACAUCCCAAGAGGAUACAAAGACCAAUGUUACUGAAGAAAUGCGGGACAGCGGAGCCGGCGGCAGGUGUCCGAGUCCCCUGAGCCAGCGCACCCGUGAGCAUCGUCCGCGGGCCUACAGUUCACUCGGGGGCGGCUCUGUGGGACCUCAGCUCGGCGUCUGGAGGGCGCGGGCCUCAGCCUCACCGGCGGUCGCAGCUGAACGUCAAUGCGGUCAGCAGGCACUCUCCACUGCUGAGCGCCUGCAUAAAAGGCGCAUCCAGACGGGCUAG